UAUUUUAUGUCCUCCAAAAAUUCAAGGCAUUUUAUAUGGUUUCUUUUGCUACCAUUUUUUCUCUCAUAACUGACAAAUUGAGACACAACAAUCUAGAGUGUUAUUCACAACUAGGAAUCUGGGUACUGGUUUCUGCAAUCAAACAAAUUUCUAUAAUGUUUGUCCAUCACUCUACACAAUAUGUUAAGAUAACAAGUAAAAUAUCAAAAUAGUUUUAGAGUGUAAAUUACUAUUUAAAAUGUAAUUUAAAGGAUUUACUGCAAAUUGAUUGAAAAAAGUACAGUACUUUUACUGUCUUUGGCAACUGUGCCAUUGCAUAACAUAAUCUAACACAAGGUUAAAGGUUUGGAUUCCUUCCUUCCUUCCUUCCAAAUUUACAUAUUAAAAAAGUAUUCUGGCUCAUUUGUUGUGCUAUCUUCAAGUAAACAGUACAAGGUCGUUUUCCAAAGAUAAUUUUCAACUAGCAGUUGCAUCGCUGGUAUAAACAAAAUGAUUUUCUGGUGAUUGGAGACAAAACGCAUUCACUCCCAGGCAUUCACCUGAAAUGCAUUUCAGAUUUUCCCCUAAACAAAACAGCCAAGUAUUUACGUCAAAAUUCCUAUUGCAUUCAAUGGAGGCAACCUCGGAUAAGUGGCCAUACUAAUAGUUUCCGCUGCUAUCCGGUAUCCGAGAUCUCCGAGGCGAGGAGCAGCAGAGCAGCAGAGGAGAACCUGCCAAUUUGACUCAGCCAGCCGGGUCUUCGGCGGCGUUUGCAUCGCGAGCACUCCAGGAGACUGACAAGUCUCCCAUGCCUGACUGUGGACCCCGGAAGUCCUCCCAGCUCCAUGAAAAGCGUCCUCGAGCCGUGUUGGAGGUCAACUGGGAGCUGCAGUCCAGCGCAUCUGGCGAACAACUAAAAAGCGGCGCUUUGCCGGGAGCGGCUGCCCACCGCCCGCCCAUCCGUAUCCGGGUCUCAAACUGUGUGGGCGGCCCUUGAGCGUUUCUCCGGCGCUGUCUCUCCUCAGGCUCAGGUGCGGAAGCGAGGAACUAGGAGGCAGGAGCGCAGAAACAGUGGCAAGCAGGAUCGGAGCGCCGGCGGGCGGGCUUCCCUGAAGCAGCAGGCAUGUCUCACUUCGAAAGCAAAAAGCUAAUAUUUAGCUUAAUGGCAGGAGCUGCUGGAAUAACCUAUGUCCUGUGUUGGUAUCUAAAGACACACAGACGCAGCAAAGCUAUGCCUUUGCCUGUAUUUCCAAAUUCAGCCAACGGUUUUGAUUUAAUAAAUUUUCCAUAUGAAACUCACCAAGAAGAAAGAACAGCUUUGCUUUUACAAGGAAGACAGCUUCAGAUACUGGAGAAAUUGAAUGGCUUGGUGAUAAGUGUGGAAGAACUUAAAAGAGAAUUGACGUUUUUGAAAGAAGCUAUUCCAAAGUUGGAUGAACUUGUUUGGGAUGAACUUCAAGGAAAAACAGAAAGCCGCAGAACCAGCCCUUUACACAGGCCUGCAAAGAAGCGAAAGAUCGAGGCAGCAGCUCCAGGCGUAUCUGAAGAAGCUGAAAGUGAAGGCGGUUACAUGACAGCUCAUUCUGAUACUGAAGGAGAAUCUGAAGAGGAAAAAGGAUGGAUCAAUUCCUCUGUAUCUUCUUUGAUGCCAGAAGAAAAAGAAGAUUUAUUUAAUCUUCUGCAAGAGAUGGACAGAAUUCAUGGUGGCUCGGAACAUGAGAAAAGAGAAAGCUUCAAACUAUUGCUCGAAAGAGAAGAGCAGUACCGAAACCAUCCUGGCUUUCUUUGGAGACUUGCUCGAGCUUACGGGGACAUGUUUGAGUUAACCACAGAUGCUGAGGAGAAAAAGAAUUAUGCGGCUGAAGGAAAACUUGUUGGAGAGAAUGCAGUUAAGUUGGAUCCAUCAAGUGCUGAGAGUCAUCAGUGGCUUGCAAUGAUGUGUGGCUACAUGUCUCAGUUUGAAACUAUACAAAACAAAAUCAGGAACGGCUAUCUUUUUAAGGAACAUCUUGACAAAGCAAUUGCACUUAAGCCACAAGAUCCCUUUUUGUAUUAUCUUACUGGAAGGUGGUGUUAUGAAGUCGCUCAGUUGUCUUGGAUUGAGAAAAAAGUAGCUGCUGCUCUUUUUGGGAUUCCACCAACUUCAACAAUACAGGAGGCUUUGCAGAAUUUUCUAAAGGCUGAAGAAAUACAUCCCAGAUAUUCUAAAUGCAAUUAUGUCUAUUUGGCAAAGUGUUACAAAGAUCUGGGCCAGAGGAGCAAUGCCCUGAUGUGCUGUGAAACAGCAUUGUCCAUUCUGCCAGUCACCAAAGAGGAUGAAGAAGCUGAGAAAGUUUUACAAACUUUACUUCCAUCCUUGAAUUUUUCAUGAUGACAUAACACCAUUUAGGUUCUGUGAAAAAAAGCAGAAGACCCAAGUCCCUGUUCUGGAAGCAUUCUGUUGAAUUCAGAGGGAUUUCAGUCCAUUCUGGAGUUAAGAUUUGAGUGGAUAGGAAGGAAUUUUAAUUUUUAAUUAUGGUGGUUCAGUGACAAAUGAAUGGACUGAUUUCUCUAAGCCAGUGUUUCUCAACCUUGACAAUUUUAAGGCAUGUGGACUUCAAUUCCCAGAAUUCCACAGCCAGCACUGCUGG